CGAAAAUUGUAGAGCCAGGACCGACAUUGAACGCAUCCUGCACCUACAACCACAUCACCACACACUCGCCCAAGAUGUUGAACAUCCACUCCCGGGAGGUCCUGGAGAUUCCAGAGGGCGUGAAGGUGCACAUCAAGACGCGCAUCGUGACGGUCGAAGGCCCGCGCGGCAAACUUACCAAAUCCCUCAACCAUCUCGCCGUCUGCUUCUCCCACCCGGAGAAGAACAUCAUCCACAUCGAAAUGCACCACGGCAGCCGUAAGGCCGUUGCGACCCUCCGCACCGUGCGCACCCUCAUCAACAACCUCAUCAUCGGCGUCACCAAGGGCUUCCGGUACAAGAUGCGAUACGUCUACGCGCAUUUCCCCAUCAACGUGAACCUCGAUCAGGAUAAGGAGACUGGUUUGUGGGAGGUAGAGAUCCGAAACUUCCUGGGCGAGAAGAUUGUGCGUCGUGUCAAGAUGCAGCCGGGCGUGGAUGUGGAGGCGUCGAAGAACGUCAAGGACCAGCUGGAGCUGACGGGCAACUCGCUCGAGGCCGUCUCACAGAGCGCCGCGGACAUUCAGCAAAAGUGCCGAGUGCGGAACAAGGAUAUCCGGAAGUUCUUGGACGGCCUUUACGUGAGUGAGCGGGGGAACGUGGUGGAUGCCGAGUAGAUUGAGAGGGGAGCCAGCAUUGUGCAAGAGUUUUCUCCGGGCGUCUCUGAGCAGGGGCGAGGAGGACUCUUCCAGUGGUAGAUGGAGAAGAACAAAUUCAUUCACACA